UCCACAUUUUGAUGCUGUCCUAAGACUCAUUUUUUGCCAAUGUUUUUCACUGGCCCAACUGUCCAGCCAUCUGCAACAAAAGUCUGUGCGGUACACGUGAACGGGUGGCCAAAAGGUUGGAGGCAGCGCAAAUAUAGAUACAUUUUUUUUUUUUUUUUUUUGCCUAGAGGCAGAAAUGUUUGUGUCGACCAAUUUUUGCGGUGACUUGCCCAUUUUUCUCACAGACCUUCAUCAGAGUAAAAGUACCUUUUUUUUUUUUCGUGUGAUUGUGCAAAUCUGCCGUACAUAAAGGGUCGGGUGGUUUUGAGAUGCGUUUGAUCUCCGAUGCGACGAAGAAGAGGUCAUUUCUUGUCACCUUGAACAAAUCAAGCUAACGAGAAAAAGAGAGAAUUUUGCAAAUUAUGAUUGUCUGCAUUUAUUGUCCAAAAGUGUUUAGUAAGGCACAAGAUGUGACGGUAGCAGUUCGGCCCUUCAUCAGUGACGAGUGACGACAUCGGCAAAUGUGUCAGAAGUAUCUCGGAGCUGCGCCACUCGCAUGUGUUUGGCUUCUGUUUUGCGACAGAUAGCUAAUCGGCGGCCUUCAGCGCCGCCCGGAAGGAGGAGCCCGGCCCACCUCGCCCGGCCGCAGUUGCAUCAGCCGUUCGCCUUCUUCAAAGAUUUCCCUCAAGCCGCAAUGGACCAGGCACGGUCGACAAUCACGAAAAUUUUUAAUGGAGAACCGCAUUCUUAUACGCGUUUCAACCUGACCCAAAACAUGGAAGGUGACAACAGUCACGUGGAGAUGAGGCUUUCGUCCGACGCCGACGAAGAAGCCGGCGGCAACCGACUCGGGGCCCAGCUCAAUCACAACUCCAACCGCAGAUCCUACGUGACGUCCAAAUUUGGACGCACGCCCAAGAACCUUUGCGUGGUGCUCGGUACCGUCCUCCUCAUCCUUAUCAUCGGGUACUUGAUUGGCUACUUGGUCCAUCGCAAAAGAGAUUUGGCUCCCAGCUGCGAAGCUUCCGUGAAGUCGUCGGACGAGCGAGUCGAGCAGCAGACGGGGGCCGCCGCCCCCCUCAUGGCCUGGAACGACGUCAAGAACGCGUUUGCGCGCAAAUUGAGCGCGUCCAACUUCCAAAAAGUCUUCAGAGAUUUUUCCAGUGGCAGUCACCGGGCUGGUUCCUCAAGCGAUGACGCUCUAGCGGACAAAUUGAUCAAGAAGUUUCAAGAGUACGGUCUGAAAACCUGGACCGACGAGCACUUCAUUAAAGUUCAGGAUUCUCCGCUUCGCGGGUCCAACAAAGUGGUUUUCAACAACGACAGCGAAGAGCGUCCGGAAGGGUUUCUUUCCUACAGCGCCAAUGGAAAAGUCGAGGGAGCAGUCCUGUACGCCCACUAUGGACAGGAAAGUGACUUUCGAUCGCUGCAGAGCAGAAACAUCAACAUGAGCGGCAGAGUUAUGUUGAUCCGAGCUGGAAGGAUCAGUUUUGCUGAAAAGGUGGCCAACGCUGCCAAAAUGAAGGCCUCCGCUGUGUUGAUCUACCGGGAUCCCAUCGAUUAUCCUUCCGGAGACGCCACUCAGCUCUUUGGACAUGUCCAUUUGGGUUCUGGCGACCCCUACACCCCUGGCUUCCCCUCGUUCAACCACACCCAGUUUCCACCUGCCGAGUCUUCGGGUCUGCCAAAUAUCUUGGCUCAAACCAUCACACCGCGCACCGCCAGCGGCAUUCUCGGGCGACUGGAGGGCCCGAAUGCACAGCCGGACUGGGGAGUUUUCCACAAACUCGGGAGCGAGAAUGACCUCGUCACCGUGGAGGUCAACAACGUUCUCACCGAGAAAAAGAUCAACAACGUCUUUGGGGUCAUCGAAGGCUUUGUGGAUGCAGAUCGCUAUUUGGUUCUCGGCGCCCAGAGGGACGCGUGGGGUCCAGGUUUUGCCUCGUCGACCGUCGGCACCGGCGUUCUCUUGGAAAUGGCCCGUUCGAUCUCCGACAUGCUCAAGAAAGAUGGAUUCAAGCCAAGGAGGAGCCUGGUGUUUGCCAGUUGGAGUGCUGGCGAAUAUGGAAGCGUCGGCGCCACCGAGUGGCUGGAGGGUUAUCUUUCUUCCCUGAGUACGAAAGCCUUCACUUACAUCAACCUUGACGGCAUUGUAGCAGGUCAUACCGCUUUUAAAGUAGCGGCAAGUCCGAUGAUGUACGGCUUGAUUGAACGCACGCUCAAAGAGGUGGGCCUCCAGAACAUUGAGGACUCCCUCUUCUCUCAAUUCGGGAAGGGCAACUGGGAAUCGAACGUCUUGGAGCCUCUGAAGCUGGAGAACGCCGCGUACCCUUUCAUGGCCUUUUCUGGGAUUCCGUCCCUCUCCUUCCGGUUCACCUCUGGCAAUAUGAAACGCGAUGCCCCGUCGGCGUUAUUGACGGCGGGCGUGGCGCAAAUCCCCCCCCCCCCAGGACUAUCCCUACUUCGGCACCUUGCUGGACACGCAGGAGAAGCUGAUCGGCGUCACGUCCAACCAGCACCUGCAGCUGGCCGAGGCCGCCGCCAAGUUCGCGGGUCACAUCGCGCUCAGGCUGGUCCACGACCACCUGCUGCAGAUGGACCUGCUCAAGUACGACAAGAUCAUUCGGGCUCACGUGGCGCAGAUCAACAGGAAAGUCAUCACUGUACAGAGGAACCGGCCCAAUCUGGUGCCCACGUCGGUGCAGUGGUUGAUCUCGGCCUCCGGCUCGUACAGUCGGGCCUCUCGGAACCUGAUGAAAGACAUCCAAAACAGCGACUUGAGCAACAUCGAGAUGUGCCGCAUCUACAACGACCGCAUCAUGUCGGUGGAGAGGAACUUGCUGUCGGCGUACGUGUCCGCCCGAGAAAGUCCUUUCCGCCACGUCCUGCUGGGCUCCGGUCCGCACACGCUGAAAGGUCUGUCGGACCACCUGGACGCCCUCGGGUCCGGCGGCCCCGCGGCCGACGUGGACCGGUUCCGCAACCAGUUUGCCUUGGCGACCUGGACCAUUCAGGGUUGCGCCAACGCGUUAGUCGGGGACAUGUGGUCCUUCGAUAAUGAAAUCUAACAUCUUCUCCUCUGACGCACUCACUCACUCACUCACUCACUCACUCACUCACAGUUUGGGCCAACAACAACACCGUCUGAAAAUCAGUCCCGAUUUAGAUGAUCGCAGUGGUAAUAAUGAUAGUCGUAACCUCUGACGGCUACAAAGCACGUCUCAUCUCCCUCAGCCUUUCAUUUCAUCGCACAUCCACUUAGCCUCAAUCCAUUUUUGUCGACAGUAGUCUGGUUCUGGUGAAAGGACGUUUCAGAUGUUUGGUGCUUCUUUCAAUCCGUGCGAUGACUUUGGUGCUACUGUAACCGCUUUACGGGUGCUCAUCGUACGCGGCGCCCUGACCUAUUGACGACGAAUCCAAUCUCCGACCCGCCAAACAAAUUUGGGCGUUCUGCAACUCGUACGAGUAGCCCGACUCAAAGCCGCUCGCCAGCGGAUUGGCUUUGUCGCUGACUGCGCAGACAAUUUUCCCAAUUGCAGUCCGUACGCUAAAGAUCACGAGUGGAGAAUCAUCAACGGCGUCUUUGCAUAUAUUUGCCACGGAUCACUAACAAUAAACACAUUGCAGAAAUCAGACAAAAUCAACUCGGAAUAAGAAAUGAAGAAACGAUCAAAAGACAGGAGAGGCUAUUGUACCGGGCGCCACUGAAAUUCAACUCUAUUUAUUAUGUUAUUUAUCAGUGACAGGGUUCGCUAUAAAUAUUUUUGUAAUUGCCUUUUCUAGAAAAUGUAUAAUUAUCGGGAGCAGUGCCUUCCAUAAUUAUGACAGUUAUACUGUCGAAAUAAAUAAAGCAGCAUCUGCUAACUACAAGCGAAAGGAAAAAAGCGUUGACGCGGCCGCCGGUGACAGCUGGCGACGGACCGCCCGGGCUCGGGCUCGGGCUCGGGCUCGGGCUCGGGCUCUUGCGGUCCUGGCGCCGUUACGGAAGAGGCCGAGCAAGAAGGUAGUUUUUGCCUACCUGUGUGUGUCCGUAUCGGAGGCAGUGCCCUCCAUAUUUCACCGUAGGGGUGGAUGUUGAUAUUAUCGGGGGCAGCGUUCCCCAUAAUUGUUGUUUAUAUGAAGUACACGACGUGGACAGCACAAACGCAUCCUCUUGCUCCACUCCAGAACUUUUCUUUCACUGUCCGCGUACUUUUCGGCCCAAAUCGAACGUCACCUGCAAGUUUCUGUUCAAUUCUUCUCAAGCUUUUCUUUAUUUUUUUUUUUUCAUAUAUAUGAAGUUGUGCAUGGCUUAAUUGCGUUCUGAGCUUUUUUCAUGGCAACGUUUCAAAUCAAACCGAUGUUGAUUUCUCAUUAUGGAUGCAUAUCCUACGCCGCCCCCCCCCACCCCCCCACUGAGGAAGACAAGUGUUCCAGAUCUGUUUGCUGCAGUUUUGUCCACGUUCGAUCUUCUUUCAUGACUGCGUUGCAGAGUUGUUUUUGUUUUGUGUUUUUUCCAAGCUUGUAGAAUGUUGUUUUUAUUUUUGUUUUAUUCACACGCGUAGAAGUGCGCUCCGAUGUCGCUUCGUUCCCGUUGUGCCAAAAUCAAACUGACCCAAAAUAUCACGACACUUUUUUUUUUUUUUUUUGCUCUUGAACCUUUUAACGUAUUGAUCACAUAGAAUAAAUAAAUAAAUAUGGAAGUAUUUUUUUUUCAAGUAACAUGCAGUAUCUUCUCAAUGUAUGCACGUUUCUCUUCUAUUUUACAUUUCUCUUCUGCAAUAAAAGAUUACAUUGCUCCAAGUCUGCUUUUGCGUGAGGUCUUUUACGAGCGGUCCUGGCUGGGGGGCCCCUAAGAAAGUCCUCAACAUGGAAGGACGUUUCCCCGAAGCCCCCCCCCCC